AUGUCCAAAUCCCGUUCUGUAGUUGAAGACUACAACCACGGACCCCUGAUAUCUAUGUUAUUUCAGCCGGAUCCGAUAGCUCAGAUGGAACCUGAACACAUAAACGGAACAUCCAAUCUACGUCAAUCGAAACAGUUAUGUAGUGGUGGCACUACCAGUACUACUGCUGCGCAUCAGGUGACUGCAAACUGGCGUGCCAGACAUCGAACAAACUACCGUGAACCGCUACUUAAAAUAACCUAUCUGACUUGUGCUACCCUAAUCACAACAACGUUUAUUGUGGAAUGUAUUUUGCUUCACCUCGUCAUAAUGCCCUACUGUCACGAGUCCGGAUUUACACCGAACGAAUGCGCCUACAAACAAGCACAUGUUGUUCUGAAUGCGGUAAAAUGUGAGAACAAGUGUUCCAAAGAUCGGUCCAGUUUUCGGUGUAUUCGGGUGGUGGUGACCUACACGAAAAUGGGACGAAAUUAUACGGCCAAUUUGUUUGAUAAUAUUGCCACAUAUCAACAUUAUCAUACUCUCGGGGUAAGUUAA